UGAUUCAUUUCCCUCGAAUCAACGACUCUGGAUCCUUCUCUUUCAAAUACGAGUAGGGGCGGCUCUUUCUCCCGUGCUCACUGGCUGCCAUCAUCGAGGACUUCGUCUCAAAGUCGUCGUCCAUCGGUUCUCCCAUUCUACUCGAACCAUCUCUUACACAAACCAGAGCAUCAAAAAUGUGCAAAGUCCAAAGAGUCACCAACAGCUGCGGUCAUCGCAAUGACCACGUCCUACUAGUCUGCCACAUCGCGAAGGCGCCAUCACCCCCAUUGAGUCCUCAUCAGUCCGAUUUUGACUCGUCUGACCUGUCUAUAUCAGACCCAGCUUACAAUGGGCUCUAUGAACGGCGUCACCUCAUCGCAUGGCCAAUUGGUGAUCCUAGAGCUCCAAAUUCAACCGAGACUACUACUGCGGAUAAUAAACCUGUGAAUAAGGGCUUUCACGCCUGUACGGAGCCGUAUUGCAUAUACGCUUCGAUUCGCGAGCUUGAUUCACCAAAGGGUUUCAAAUGCAUGGUUAGCGGUUGUGGACGGGCUGACUAGGUAGAUUAGAAAUGGAUGGGGGGGUGUUUUAUUCGUCCUUCUCGUCGGAGGAGGGGGUAUGGCUCGACCUGUUUCUCUCCUGAUAUAUGGUUAUUUCUUACGAAAGGGGAAAUAUGAUAUGCUACAUGAUUCAUGAGGGUAAG